UUCUUCAUCCUUUGGGUUGCAGAAAUCAAAAUUGAUCUCUUUCCUCAUUCUCACCCAUUUGGAUCACCAAAAUACCAAUUCAAACACCAAAAAUUCAGUACAAUUUCAGCAAAUUUAUGGAUUUAUAUGGUGUUUCUUUUUUAAUUCUUUGAAUAAAAUCGAAUGAUUCAGUCUAUUUCAUUCAUUUUUUCGUGUUAAUUAUACAUAAUUAAAGAAUAUAAUUUGAUUCAUACGACUCUGUUCUUUACAUUAUAGCUAAUAAAAUCGAACAAUUUGAUUGUUUUGUAUACAAAUACAAUUACAGGAGUUGAGUUCAAUUAGGGUUUAUAAAUCUAGCGUUUUCGAGAAUGGGGGAUUUUUGCUAUUGUUUCGUGUUGAAAAGAUGGUGAAUUUUGAACAUUGAUUGUCUGGGUUCUUCUUGUGAUCGGACGGUGGAGGUGAGAUUGGGAAUUUUUGGGUGUUUGUUAUGGAUUGUCGAGUUUGUUCGGCGAGCGGAGACUUGUGGUUGAGAGUGGCCGGCGGUGGUGGAGGUGGUCAAUAUAUGGCUCAGAGAGGUGGUUUCAGCCAUGAGAGCGAGCAUGACUUGGCUGUUAUGGUCAGUGAUUUUUUGGAGAAUGAAAGUGCUGGUGCCGAAUCGUGGUGUAGCAGCGACAGCGAUUCCGGGUUUUGCGACCUUGCUCAUCUAGCCAACAAGAUUUCGUAUAACAAGCUCUCCAUGGAUCAGCAUGAGAGUGAGGUGGUGUCAGCGGUUAAUUCUCUUAUGCUAUCUAUCAAUGAGACGGACCUGCACCUUGUCAAGUCGGUUCCUUGUAAUGCUAGCUGCAUCAGGUUUUCUCUGGUGAAGCUUCUGAGGCUUUCUGGUUAUGAUGCUGCUGUUUGUGCAUCUAGGUGGCAGGCUAGCGGGAAAGUCCCUGGAGGGGAUCAUGAAUAUAUUGACGUUGUCAAUUGCAAUGACACUGGAAGUUCUGAGCGUUUGAUCAUUGAUAUUGACUUUCGAAGCCACUUUGAAAUAGCUAGAGCUGUCGAAUCAUAUGAUAGAAUAUUGAAUUCCCUUCCAGUUGUUUACGUUGGGUCUUUGACAAAGCUGAAACAAUUUCUUCAAGUUAUGGCUGAAGCUGCUAGAUCUUCUCUCAAGCAGAACUCUAUGCCUCUUCCUCCAUGGAGAUCUCUUGCUUAUUUGCAAGCGAAAUGGCACUCACCCUACCAGAGACAAUUUAAUCCAGAUGAACAGAAAAGCAACACCACUCUUCCUUGUGAACAUGAGCAGUGUAAUGGACAUUUAAAGAGGCUGCAAUCUUUGCUCCAAUCUGAAAUUGAAGUAGAACGACUGUUGAAACCCAUAAAUGGUGAAAAUAACCGGAGGCUGAAGAAGCUUGAAAGGCGGAGGCUCUCCUCGUUCAGGCAUCUGUGAGAUGUACAGAUUCUGGCAGGAGGAGAAUUUCUAUUUCCAGGUAUCAAAUGUGUAACUAGAAAGGAGGACAGGUUCAUGUAGACGACACAAGUAGCAAUAACUCGCCAUAUUAUGGUGGAGAUACUUUUUUUUUCCGGCUCACUGGGGGGAGUACAUCAUUUUCCUUCCAUUUUUCUGUGCACCAGCAGAAUGCAAGGCUCCCAACUUUAUGGAACUGCUCUUGAUAUCUUCAGCAUUGACCAGUUCCUACUUGCACGACUCUGGGGCAUCAUUCUACAGAUUGUAUUUUUCUUUUUGUUGUUUGGUUUCGUUGAGAAUCCAUUCCUUGCCUCUCAUUUUGUUGGCAUAGGAAAAUUUUGUCCCAUUUUCAGCUUUCGACACGUUCCACUCUAUAAAUCUACUUCCGUUUUGUUUUUCCAGCAACCAAAAGGUUUCUUGAAUGAUGUUAUAUUCUUCUCUGCAUUGAUACAUUAGCCUUUAUGUAUUUCCAGCAAUAACACUGUUUAUGUUGUCUAUUGAUUCUUUUCUUAACGGAAAUUAUUUACCAAAUAGAA